AAAAGGCUCCGCUGCCCCGCGCGCACUUGGCGCAGAGAGCCACACUCCCGUGCGUCUGGCUGCCCGCGCAUCCACCCCUGACCCUUGCAGCUUUCAGCCAUGGCGUCCGGCAAUGCGCACAUCGGGAAGCCAGCCCCUGACUUCACGGCCACCGCGGUAGUGGAUGGUGCGUUCAAGGAGGUGAAGCUCUCGGACUACAGAGGGAAAUACGUGGUCCUUUUUUUCUACCCCCUGGAUUUCACCUUCGUGUGCCCCACCGAGAUCAUCGCGUUCAGCGAGCACGCCGAGGACUUCCGCAAGCUGGGCUGCGAGGUGCUGGGGGUGUCCGUGGACUCCCAGUUCACUCACCUGGCCUGGAUCAACACCCCCCGGAAGGAGGGUGGCCUGGGUCCUCUGAACAUCCCCCUCCUGGCUGACGUCACCAGAAGAUUGUCCCAGGACUAUGGGGUGCUGAAGACGGAUGAGGGAAUCGCUUACAGGGGCCUCUUUAUCAUCGAUGGCAAAGGCGUCCUCCGCCAGAUCACCGUGAAUGACCUGCCCGUGGGACGCUCAGUGGACGAGGCCCUGCGACUGGUGCAGGCCUUCCAGUACACGGAUGAGCACGGGGAAGUCUGUCCCGCCGGCUGGAGGCCGGGAAGCGACACCAUCAAACCCAAUGUGGAUGACAGCAAGGAAUAUUUCUCCAAGCACAACUAGGCUGGCAGGCUGGCCGCCAAGCUGCUUUACCCCCAUCUGUGCCCUCAUCUUGAUUCCCUGAGUGGGCAUCCCUCUCCUAACCCCUAGGAAAAACUGCCCCUGGACCUGGGCUUGGGGAGUUGGAAGGGAGGCUUGCAGGGCUAGGCCACCCCCUUGCCCAGAGCCCACCCAGCCAUGCACAGACCUAGCGGUGAUCAAUAAAGUAUUAGGGACAGA